AUGUUGUAUUUGGAAGAUUAUUUGGAGCUUAUUGAGAAUCUCCCUAUGGAGAUGAGAGAAAAGCUCACAGAAAUGAGAGAGAUGGAUUUGCAAGUAUCAAAUACACUAGACACAUUAGAGGAAAGUGUCAAAGCUUACUUCAAGAAAUGCCAACAGCCAAACUGUAAAAAAGACUGGCGAGAAGAACAGUUUAAAAAAAUCAAGGAGGAAUAUUACAAGGCACUGGGAGACACAGAUGAGAAAGUCCAGCUAGCAAAUCAUAUAUAUGAGCUUGUUGAUAGACAUUCUAGAAGGUUAGACCAAGAACUUUCUAAAUUUAAGAUGGAGUUAGAAGCUGAUAAUGCAGGAAUUACAGAAAUCCUGGAGAAAAGGUCUUUGGAAUUGGACAAACCUCCGCCCAGCUUGACCAAUCACAAAACUGAAAAGAGACGAUUAACCCAUACUCAGUCAUUGGUGUCCAAUCAUGUAGACAAACGGCCAGCAGCUGAAAUCCUGCCAUCAUUGACCAGUGAAGUAGUCAGGGAUUCUUUUGCACAACAGCGUCCUAGCUCAACUUCCAGCUCCCCGGCCAUGAGCAUGUUUAAUUCAGCAGGAUCUGGCAUGUCAUACACCCUCGGCAACAUCGGUGCUGGCAAUGCUGCCAUCACUGUGGCCACAACCGCGCAGACUCCUUCUGUAACACAGCAAAUACCUCAGGGUCGCCGUGCAUCAAAUGUGAAAGCUGGUACUUAUGAUUUGGUGGCCAAAACCUCAGCACCGUUACCCAAAGACCUGAGUUUAAACCUUUCCCAAUCUGUCUCAGCACCCUCCACACCAGAACCGGUCCCCAGGUCACAAAGAACAAAAAAACAGACAUCCAAAGCUGCAGCUCUGGCCGCUGCGCAGCAAGCAACAGCAGCCAGUGUGUCGCAGCCAUCAACCCCUCAGGUCACCACCACAGAAACAGAGGAACUGUCUACAGAAGUUCAGGUUGAUGAAUGGAAUGCAGAUCCUAAUGAACCCCGAUACUGUUUGUGUAACCAGGUGUCGUUCGGAGAAAUGGUUGGCUGUGACAAUAACGAUUGUCCAAUAGAAUGGUUCCACUACGGUUGUGUGGGCCUCACCCAAGCACCCAAAGGAAAAUGGUACUGUCCUCAAUGUACAGCGGCCAUGAAGAGAAGGGGCAGGAGAUGA